AUGCUUGCCAAGAUUGGCUUGUACAAUGCUAUAGAAGUUACAUCUCAGUACUUCUAUAAGGAACCAACAGUGAUGAAGGGUUUUCUUGAGUACUGGUCACCUACUACCAACUCUUUCCACUUGCCAUUUGGCCUUCCACUAACAGGCAAGUUCUAUGAUGAAUUCGUCCUGUCUAAUAGAGAGCUGGCCUUCGUAUCUUCCCCUGAUCGCAAGCCUUCUAUCUCUGAGACCACCAUUGAACUCUUCAGAGAGAUGGAAAAAUUUCCAAACAUCCAUAAGCUCUCCUUUGCAGUAGCUAGCACAUUUCACGAGGGCCCUCAGCUGACAGAGUUUCGUGAUAAUAUUAAGGAGAAAGCAGAUUACAGUUUAUUCGAGGAACUCGCAGGCUUCUUAGCUUACUGGCUGAGCAUCGUGGUACUUCAAAGCUUGAAAUGGGUAAAUGCUAUUCGCCCCACGGUCUUUGUCGUUGCCGAUGCUUUAACAGAAGGACACAAGUAUUCUCUUGCACCUCCAGUACUGUGUUUUAUUUACAGAGCCCUCGGAGAUGUAGCCACCCAUGUCAAGAACCUUACCAUUGGAGCUUCAUCAGCACACACUUCAUGGCAUUAUUUCACAGGUUGGCUGGGAGUCUACUUUCCUUGGACUUUCGAAGCGCCAGAGAAGGCGUAUGUUCAUCCUGCACAUCUCCCGCUCUGGUUCUUCCAACAAAGGGUUAUGGCCAAAAGGUCAUACAACUGGGUGGCCAACAAAAUCAGAGAUACUGAUCAAGUGGAUUUCUUCCAAUUCCGUCUCCAUCUCUAUAUCGAAGAUACAAACAUGGUGGACCAGGCUAAACUCAUAGUAGCAGAAAGAGCUUUCUUCCUCUCCAUUCGCUCUUGCAGUUUACCCCUUCGAGAAGGAACAAAGUUUUGGCGAGAGCCCUAUUAUCCCAGUCGCUUCGCUCGUCAAUUUGGCUACGACCAAGCUGUGCCAGAAGACUGCGGAUUGGUCACUAAGAGAAUGUGUUGCUACGGAACCAGUCCUAUUAAUUGGGCCAUGAUAUGGAAAUAG